CUGGCGGUUGAGCAUGCGUAGUCUGGAGUAGUUCCGGCACUUCUUCCUUCGGUGACGUCAGCAAUCGCCGCCAUUUCGUGUGACCGAUCGGUGGUGAGAGCAGGAAGUCGGUGAAGGAGAAGCUCUGGUGAAGAGGACAAACACACAAACACUACAAUGGGGAACAUGUUUGCAAACCUUUUUAAAGGCCUAUUUGGCAAGAAAGAGAUGAGAAUUCUUAUGGUGGGCCUAGAUGCUGCCGGAAAAACUACAAUCCUUUAUAAGCUGAAGCUGGGAGAGAUUGUGACUACUAUUCCUACAAUAGGUUUUAAUGUGGAGACUGUAGAAUACAAGAACAUCAGCUUCACUGUUUGGGAUGUUGGUGGCCAGGACAAAAUCAGACCAUUGUGGCGCCAUUACUUCCAGAACACUCAGGGACUCAUCUUUGUGGUUGACAGUAAUGACCGAGAGCGAGUCAAUGAAGCAAGGGAGGAAUUGACAAGGAUGCUGGCAGAGGACGAGCUGCGGGAUGCAGUGCUACUAGUAUUUGCUAACAAACAGGACCUCCCAAAUGCAAUGAAUGCAGCAGAAAUCACAGACAAAUUGGGCCUCCACUCCCUACGUCAGAGGAAUUGGUACAUUCAAGCAACCUGUGCAACCAGUGGGGAUGGUCUGUAUGAAGGCUUGGACUGGCUGUCCAAUCAGCUGAAGAACCAGAAGUGAUCCCACCCUGAGUGAACACCAUCCCUCCCUCCGCCCCCUCUUCCGCCUAACUCCCAUCCUGUUCAGCAUCUUGGCAGGGCUUGGCCAAUGCCUCUGCUGCCUCCCAGGCGGGCAUGUCAUCUCCGCGCACAUCUGUGUCGUGUGUCUGUCUGCACGCCUGUGCGAGUGGGAGCAGCAAUCUCACACUGUGCCUUAUACAUGCUUAGCAGUAUUAAUCCCCCUCUGAAUAAAACACUACCCUCCACAUAAUCAGCCUGCGCAUCUCUUUCCACCCCCUUGUUUGUGACACCGACAGGCUUUAUGAUCGGCAGCAGGUAGAUAGACUAUCCCUUGUCUAAACUGUAAUGCUAUUGGGUGGCCAUACAUUUAUAUAUAUAUAUAUAUAUAUAUAUAUAUAUAUAUAUAUAUAUAUAUAUAUAUAUAUAUAUAUAUAUAUAUAUAUAUAUUCUGUAAGGAGAGGUACUUGGAGUGUGACUAUGGCUGAUCCAUGUCCUGUCUCCUUUAGUAUUGGGUUAUAUAGUAUACACUCAAUCAGAUCUGAGGAUUCAAUUAGAAGACAUCAUCUUAUGUUGGAGCCUUUAGUUUCUGAGGAGAUUGCGAGCUCUGACGUUCCUGAGCUAAAGGAUAGAUUGUAGUGUGUAUUAUAGGAUUAUGGUGAGGGUUGUAAUCUUAAUAGAACAGCGAAUAGUCCACUCAUUGGUGACGUGAUUAUCCUUUUUCUCUUCUUUUUUUUUCUCUCUCCCUCCUGACAUUCGGUUAAUUUAUGGAGACUGGACACAUACGCAUCCAUUAAAUGACCACACUGGAGAGAUGUUACAGGGCAGAGGAGAAUGCAUAUAUUGGCACAGGGCUGGCAUUUCUGGGUGACCUGUGAAUCAUAUCUAUUCUAAAUACCUCAACCCAUUCCCACAGCCAUUUCAUGCAAUGGCCAGUUUGUAAUUUGAGUCCCCCUCCCCUUGUACUGACAUGCAUGUAACAUCACCAGCCUGGCUCGCUGAGGCUCCUGAGAUGUCUGCUCCCACUCCUAGAAUUUUUAUAUAUUUUUUUUUUCCUUAUUAUUUUGGGGUAUCAAGUGCGAUAUUCCGUACCUUGAAGGAAGUCUGUACAGUAAUAAUUUUAUUCUUAUUUCCUAACGUCACUUACUCAUCCACUCUCAUCCUUCUCCUAAUCCCUGGCCCCUUGUCUAAUUGUCUGCUAGACCAGCGUUUGGUUGUGUAAGAACCAAGGUGCAGAGGGAGGUGAGGGCUAUAGACACGAAAGGGAACAUUUCUUGCAAACACUGCAAGUGACUAGGCUUUUAAACUGGCAAAAAUCGUUCUCUGGGUCCGCCUGUUGCGGUCAUGGACCCAGCCAUACAGAAUAGACCACAAGGACAGUGAGAGUUGCCUCACCCGGAUGUAUUCUGAAUGUAGGAGGAGACCUUUAAAUUAUAUGACUAUAAAAUGUAAUAAGUACACAGAGUAGUAUUAAAUAAAUAUGACUCGAUCAAAGGAAAUAAGAGAUGAUCCUGUACUUUGUAUCCUAUCUUUCCGUACCCAUAUGGAGGAUACUCACCAGCAAUGUGACUCCCAAAUUAGAAUUUCCUUGUCUCCUGCAGCGCCACCUUCUGGCCACUUGCUGGGAGCUAGUUAACUGUAUUGCACGUGUGAAGGACUUGGCAGCACACGGCGGGAUUGCAUCCUAUUUUAAUCUGCGUCUAAAUCUUUUGGGUUUCUGUUUAUUUUGUGGGGAAUGGGGUGUAGCUCUUAACAAUUUUAAAUAGCGCUAUAUACUUCAGUCUGUAAAUGAGACCGUUUUCAUAUCGUGCAUAAAUGGCAUCGGAGCUUUAAAGCAACUAUUUUCUUUUCCUGUAUAAAACCGAUACAAAAGCGUGAACUAUGUGAUGUACAAUUGGACCGAAAUUGAGUUUCUUUUUUUUUUCUUUUUGUUUAUUUUCUAACCAUGUUGUAAUUUGUCUGAAUUACUCUAUAUUAAAAGAGUUCUGUAUUAAAUGA